GGACUGCGCAUGCGUUGAUGGUACUUGAACAACAUGGCGGAAUCAACGAGUACCGGGAUAUGGUUCUUUUUGUUAUUAUUCGUUAUAGUUAAUAUUAUUGCUUCAAACACGCCACUCGUAGAUGCCAAAAAGAAAGAACAGGUACUGGGGGAUAGAGUUAAGCAGCUAAUGGACUGGAAUAUGAAGAGAUCUGUUAUCAGACUAAAUGGUGACAAAUUCCGGCAAUAUGUGAAAGCAACGCCUCGAAACUAUUCUAUGCUAGUAAUGUUCACAGCUAUGCAGCCACAGAGACAAUGUACAGUGUGCAGACAAGUUAAUGAUGAAUUCCAGAUCCUUGCCAAUUCGUGGAGAUACUCACAGGCUUACAGCAAUAAGCUAUUUUUUGCCAGUGUAGAUUAUGAUGAAGCCCACGAUGUGUUUCAAUCUCUAAAACUGAACUCUGCGCCUGCUUUGAUGCACUUCCCACCGAAAGGAAAAGCAAAGAAAGGAGACACUUUUGAUAUCCAAAGGCUUGGAUUUGCUGCAGAAGCCAUUACUAAAUGGGUCGGUGAGAGAACAGAUAUAGUGAUCAGAGUUUUUAGACCACCAAACUAUUCAGGGACAAUUGCUCUAGCGUUACUCUUUUCUCUCAUUGGUGGAUUACUGUAUCUUCGACGGAAUAACUUGGAAUUCUUGUACAACAAGACAAUGUGGGGUAUUCUUUCAUUGUGUAUCGUCUUUGCAAUGACCUCAGGUCAGAUGUGGAAUCACAUUCGAGGCCCACCAUAUGCUCAUAAAAACCCACAAACAGGACAGAUGAUACCAAUUGGUGAAACAUUGCAUAAAGAGAGACAUGAUUUGUCAGAUGGGUCAGCUGUUGAGAAGGACACAUCUGAGAAAAUCGAUGAGCAGAGAGACGAAUAUAGUAGUGAUGAAAACAGUGGUUCGGAAACUGAGGAAGUAGAUAACACGAAAGAAGUGACAUUUCAUGAAUUGCUGAACAAAGAGAAGCAGUGUGUGCAAGAUAGGUUGGCACUUAAACAGAAAGAAACUGCAUAA